GACGUUGUUUUUGGAGGGAAGUUCAGUGAUUGGUUUAAACUUUCUACAGACUCUAACCAAUCGGCGAGUGGCAAGCAUGAGUAAAUACUGAAACAACAGCGCAUUGACUCAUAUUCUUUGAAUCUUUCUUCUAGAAAGCAACUAAAUCUUCAACCGAAAAUGAGCGGCAGAGGCAAAACCGGUGGUAAGGCCAGAGCAAAGGCUAAGACUCGUUCAUCCAGAGCCGGGCUUCAGUUUCCCGUCGGCCGUGUUCACAGACUUCUUCGCAAGGGUAACUAUGCAGAGCGCGUCGGUGCUGGAGCUCCAGUUUAUCUCGCCGCUGUGCUCGAGUAUCUUACUGCUGAGAUCCUGGAGUUGGCCGGUAACGCCGCUCGUGACAACAAGAAGACUCGCAUCAUUCCCCGCCAUUUACAGCUGGCAGUGCGUAACGACGAGGAGCUGAACAAACUCUUGGGGCGCGUGACCAUCGCUCAGGGCGGUGUGUUGCCCAACAUUCAGGCUGUGCUGCUGCCAAAGAAGACCGAGAAGCCCGCUAAAGCAAAGUAAACUGUCCAGUUCUCCGAAAAUAAACAAAAGGCUCUUUUAAGAGCCAC